ACACUUGACAAGUCAUGAACUACCAACUCCACCUCUGGGAUCCCCUCUACAAGCCAGGCCCUGACCCCCACAGCAUGGAGAGGAUCCUGGCCGACAAGGAGAACAGCCCUGGGGAGGCCAAGGGAAGCCCCCGAGAGCCCGACUCCACUGAUGAACCCCGCAAGAAGACCAAGAAGAAGAACUACCAGCGCUACGCCAAACCGCCCUACUCCUACCUGGCCAUGAUCGCCUUGGUCAUCCAGAGCGCCCCCGACAGGAGGCUAAAACUGUCUCAGAUCCUCCAUGAGAUCAGCACCCUGUUCCCUUUCUUCAAGGGGGAUUAUCAGGGCUGGAAGGACUCCAUACGACACAACCUCUCCUCCAACGAUUGCUUCAAAAAGGUCCUGAAGGAUCCUCUGAAGCCGCAGGCUAAAGGCAACUACUGGACGGUGGACGUGAGCCGGAUCCCCGCCGACGCCAUGAAGCUGCAGAACACGGCGGUCACCCGGCAGGACGCCUACCCUCAUGACCUGGCUCCUUAUAUACUGCACGGACGGCCCUGCAGACCUUUAGACUUCCGCCACCCUCAGGUUUCAAAAGAAAUCUCUGCAGUCAGACCAGAAAUGGAGGCCCCUCCCCCGGCACUGACCCAGUCACCAUGCAUGGACCCCGCCGUGUCCUUCCCAAUGAUCUUGUGGAACCUUCCAACGUCAUACUCAAAAUGCGUGGCCCCUAACGUGGUGGCCCCUCCCAGCAUUCACCCACUCCUGCUUUACUCCAACUUCCCCUCUCUCUCCCUGUAUAACUGCAUGCCUUCCCCGUACUCGAGCCCUACCUAUGCGGAACGGAGGGACGGCUUCUCCCCCAGCAUGACAUCACAAAUGCCUCUCCCGCCGAGACCCUCUGAAGUCAGGAACUCUCCGGCAGACUUCCCUCCCAAUAAAACGGUGUUUGACAUCCCGGUGUAUCCCUCGCACGCGGGCUACAUGUCACCCCAGAACAUGUACGGGCAGCAUUUGGCUCAGAGCGGGCCGAUCCCGGGGUACAGACCCGCCGGUUACUGACUGGCUAGACAUUGAGA